UCGUGUCGGCGCCUGUCGGCCCCACCGCCGGCAAGUCGGCCAUGAUGUCGUUAUUCUCGGAGCUGGACCUGGCGCUGGACGCCAGCGGCGCCGUCGUGGCCAGCUCGGCCAAGGACCUGCUGGCCUCCAAGAACGCCGAGAAGCAGGCGGAGGCCGAGCUCGAAGCGUCGCGCGCGCUCAAGCGGCAGCAGAACAAGCUGCAGCAGCAGAAUCAGAAGAAGGAGCAGCCCGUGACGGCUCUGAGUCAGGCGCUGGGCCUCUUCGACCAGGAGGUGGACGAGCGCGAGUCCUUCAUGUCCCGCAACACCAAGCGGCGGCAAAAGGGCGCGGGCAAGAACAAGGCGCGUGGAGGCUCCUCCACGACGGCAGCGCGCGGCCGCCGCCAGCGUCAGGACAAGUACAAGCGCGUGUAGAAGUACAGUACUGUAGCCCAACUAAAUAUGCCCAUUUUUGCCACAUUC